AUGGCCCGCGACGCCAUCUUUUCGCAAGAGCUUUCGACUCAUCCCACUUCUGCCCCUCAAAACCCCAAUCUCUUCCGCGAUCUAGAACCGACCACGACUUCUCGCUCCAGAGCCGAUUACACAUUUCCCGAAGGCGGUUGGAGAGCCUGGCUCGUAGUCUUCGGCUCCUUCUCCAUCAUCGCCGGCACAUUCGGCCUCAUCUCCUCGGCCGGGAUCUUCCAGGCAUACUGGAAGGCGCACCAACUCUCUUCCUACGCUUCGCGAGACAUAGGCUGGAUCCUUGCUGUCAAUGUAUUCCUGAACUUGUUUCUGGGUGUGCAGAUUGGGCCAUUAUUUGAUCGAUAUGGUCCGAGAUGGCUCUUGUUGCUCGGUAGUGUGUUGUACGUCCUUAGUUUGGUGCUUCUGGCGGAAUGCAACAAGUAUUGGCACUUUAUGCUAGUUUAUGGGAUCUUGAGUGGUGCUAGUAGUGCGUUCCUAACUACUACUGCGCUGGCUGUUGUUGCCCAUUGGUUCGAAGUCAAGAGAGGCAUGGCUUCUGGCAUUGCGUUUGUGGGAUCAAGUGUUGGGGGUAUAGCCUUCCCAUUGAUUCUAAAGCCGGCCUUUGAGCAUUUGAGUUGGGCUUGGGCGGUGAGGCUCAUUGCUUUAAUCGUAUUGGUAAUGAUGACCGCGGGAAAUUUGUGUAUUAGAGGAAGACUGCCGCCGAGAAAGAAUGGCGGGACUGUAGACUUGAGAUGUUUUCAGGAUGCAAGAUUCUCUUGGGCUACGAUCGGAGUUGCGUGUUUCGAAUUUGUACUAUUUGGAGCACUUGGAAUUCUUCCUACCUAUGCUUUAGGUCAGGGGUUCAGUACUCAGACCAGCUUCAACAUCGUCGCCGUUCUAAAUGCAGGCUCGGCAUUCGGCCGUUCCUUCUCUGGCUACUUUUCUGAUCGCUAUGGCCGUUUCAACACCAUGAUCUUGACGCUGACUUUAUCUCUUGUCGUAACAUUCGCUCUUUGGCUUCCCGUCGGCAAUCACGUGGUAUUAUUUUACAUCUUCGCUCCUUUGUUCGGCUUCGGAUCGGGAAGUAUCAUUAGUAUGGCUCCUGUUUGCAUCGGGCAACUUUGCAAGGCAGAUGAGUAUGGUCAAUUUUAUGGCACCUCAUACUCAGUUGUGGCAUUUGCGACCCUGAUUUGUAUUCCUAUUGCCGCAGAGCUGCUACCAACUAUUGGAGCAACCGGGUUUGUCGCCUUUUUUGGUGGAAUCCUUUUCUUGUCAUUGGGGAGCUUUGUGAUGGCACGUUGGGCAUGUCUGGAUUACCAGUGGAAAUGGCUAACCAAAAUUUGA